AUGCCUAUCCAGACCCUCGAUGAUGCCACCUUCGUGCCUGCCACUCCCGUCGACAUUUCGAUGAUCAAUCUUUCUUUGGGCUCGCUGGCCAUGGAUCGUCAUGACUUGGAUUCCACUGUCGACUUUACUGCCUCGGCUUGGGACUAUGGACACACCUAUGACUCUAGCCCUUCCGGAGACGACGGCGCAAUGAAUGACGACGACGCGUGGGAUUGUGCCAAGACUGAUGUUGACUUCACUCUACCCACCGAAGAUAUCGAUCUCUUUGGCAGCAAUUUUCCGUAUGCGCCUUUUGGAAUCUACGAUGGGAUGGGCCAUGCACCAAACGAUGCCCAGAAUGAGGAGCUUUCGUACUGUGAUGCCGAAGAUAACGAUGGGUUCGCGGACAAAUUCCAUCACCAAGCACCGACAGCAUCGCUCAGCGCCACACGCGAGAUCGUGGUUAUCGACCUUACCGGGGAUUCAGAAUACAGCUGUGGGGUGGAGGAACCAAGCGAGGAAUCCAAGGAUGGUCAAGUUAAGGGGCCAGCACACCAAGAGGCGGAUAACACCUUUGUUGUUAUUGCUGGACAUAUGUAUCCCGUUCACAGACAGGGAGACGUCGAACUUAUCGAUCUCACCGGAGGCCCGGCUUAA